AUGGGGGUCUUUACAGAGCAACCCGGAGGUGCUGCGUCGUCCUCUGGAAUUUACGGGAAGUACCGGCAAUUAUUGCGCGAUAGUCCUUGGCGGUGGGUCAUCAUUGCAGCUAGCAUACUGUACCUAUUGUCGCCAAUAGAUCUGAUUCCUGACUUCAUCCCGGUGGUGGGUUUGGUGGAUGACGGCGUUGUCGCCUGCGUCUUAGUUCACGAACUAGUGCUCAUGAUGGUAGACGCAUAUGACAAGAGGAAACAGAAAAAGGAAGGGGAAGCCUCCCAGAGUUUGCUACCAGGCCCUAAAAAGUCCAAGGUUCAAGGAGCGAGUAUGUAUCCAUCAACUCCCUAUAUCGGAGACCCGUACGGCGCCGCAUACCCAGAGGCAGCGCCGACAUACAACGGCGCGAGUUUGAAAGAUGCUGUCAAUCUCACUUCAUAA